AUGUCAUCCGAUAACGCAUCACUUCGCCACGCACGUCGUGAAGACGUUCCCACUAUUCUGGGUCUCAUUCAGGAACUUGCAGACUACGAAAACGCAAGUGACAAGGUCGAAGCUACCGAGGAAAUCCUUGCCCGCACCCUCGCCCACCACGACCCCACCACCUCUACAUUUUCCCAAGGCUUUGCUCGUACUCUUUUCAUCGCUGACCCAGAUGGAGCCGUGGCCGGAAUGGCAGUGUACUUCUUCAACUUCAGUACCUGGACUGGUGUUCCGGGAAUCUAUCUUGAAGAUUUGUUUGUCAAAGAAGCAUAUCGGAAGAAGGGCUAUGGCAAGAGGCUAUUAAAAGAACUUGCGGCAAUAGUACUCGAGGCUGGAGGCAAGAGGUUGGAAUGGAGUUGUUUGGAUUGGAAUGAGCCCAGCCUCAAUUUCUAUCAGAGUGAGGUGAUUGGUGCGAAGAGGAAAAACGAAUGGGUGGGAUUACGGGUCGAGGGAGAUGCAUUGGCCAAGUUGGCAAACUCAUGA